AUGUUUACAUUGGUAGCUCGCAUUAAUUUUUACUUUUGUUCCCAACGCUUAACCCGUUCUCUAUUAUCUAACAUUUCUAUUUCAUCGAAUACACGUGAAUAUAAUAACGAUGCGAUUCAAAACAUUGGCUCACAGUUGAAUCAAUAUAUAAUUAAUCUUCAUUCUUUGAAAUUAACUCAUCAACCACGGGAACCCACUCUUCAUUGGAAUCCUCGAUUUCGUCAACAACAUCACUUAGACAUAGAAGAACGAGUCGAAGACCAUUCAAGUGAAAAUUGGGAUUCCUGGUUUCAAUCACAACAACCCUCUUCCCUUCUUUCGUAUUCUCAGCGAACGAAUAUACUUUCUGAACAACAACUUUAUUUUCUUGAUAAUCCUAAUUUCACGUCAAUGCAUAAACGUUCAAGAGAAUCUUCAUCAUCAAUUAAUAUAUCUAAUAAGCGUAAAAAAGAUUCAUUUUUUGAAUCUAAUCUUCCAAAACGUUUAUGGUCUAAUACAACUUAUGGAGAACGUUUAAUUAGAAGUCGCUAUCAUCAUUUUAAUUUUCACAUAGUUAGUUAUAAUAUUCUUGCUCAAAGAUUAAUUGAAGAUAACCCAUUUUUAUAUGAUAAUUGUCGAGACAAAAGUCUCGAGUGGAAUCAACGAAAAGAACGGCUACUGAAGGAAAUUUUAAAACAAAAUGCUGAUAUUAUUUGCUUGCAAGAAAUGCAAAAAGAUCAUUAUAAGCAUGAUUUUCGCCCAAAAAUGACUGAUAACGGAUAUGCUUCGAUUUAUAUUAAACGUAGUGGUGAUAAAUCAGAUGGAUGUUGUUUAUUUUAUAAAAAAGAUCGAUUAAAGUUGAUUGCCAGCAAAACAGUACCAUUCUUUCAAAGAAAUAUUCAACUUUUAGACAGAGACAACUGUGGUUUGAUCGCUCUAUUUCAACCAUUUACAUCGAAUGCUACAUCAGAUGAUUUGUUUUGUGUUGCUACAACUCAUCUAUUGUUUUCACCAAAACGUGGUGAUAUCAAAUUAGCUCAAAUACAGUAUUUUCUCGCUGAAAUCGAUCGAUUAUCACUUAAAGAUUCUAAUUUAAGUACUUGUUAUCCUAUCAUUAUUUGUGGCGAUUUUAACGCACAACCUCAAUCUCCAUUUUCACAAUUUCUAAUCGAUGGACAAAUCAAAUAUGACACAUAUCGUUGUAUUGAAAUAUCUGGUCAAAUCCCACAAACAAUUGCUAGUAAUCGUUUUUCUUGUCAACUUCCAUCAAAUGAGCUCUUACCAUCAUCAUUUGUUACUUCUGAUUGCCGUUUUCCAAGCAACAAUUCAAUAAACCAAACGAACCAACUUAUUUAUCAAACAUAUAUGGAUCGGAAAUCAUCAGCAAUAUUAACUCACAAUAAAAAGUUUAAUUCUGUGUAUGAUUUAAAUGAUUUAACCGAAGUUACAACAUGUAUUAAUAGUGAAUCAAAUUUAGUUGAUUAUAUAUUUUACACAAAACAAGAUCAUGAUCGAUAUAGACUAAAUUUAUUAAGUCGUUAUGAUUUAUAUAAACAAAAUCAAAUAUUAGAUCUUCAUUUACCAAAUGAUCAAUUUGCUUCGGAUCACUUUUUGUUGGCAGCUAAAUUUGCUUUAAAAUUAAGAAAGAAGAAAAGAUAA